AUGACCAGUCCGGCCAUCCGGGAACGCAACUUCAUCAACAUCACCGGCGAACCCAACGCAGGACGCCAUGCACGCCGAAUCCACGUUCGCCGGACGGUGAUGAAAAACUACCACAGACAAAGACGGCAGAAGAAGAAACUCCCGUCCAAACAAGGCCCUGCAGCCUCUUCUCUAGGCUCUGAACAGGCCACACAAUCGUCUUCGCCGUAUUCGUCGAAUUUAUCCCUGCUCGAUGGACGGUCACCAAACGAAGUUGUGCUCGACCCUGCGGCGUCCAGCCUAUUCCGUGCGAAGGCCCACGACAACCCGAUCCAUGCCCAGAUAAGCACCUCCAUCAUAAGGUUCUUGUGCGGAUUGGUCGUCAAAGCCAGACAGAGCAUUUGCCAUGUUGGCUUCAUCCACCACGCCGCUCUGGAAGCUGAAAGCCCAUCGAACCAUUUUCUCGCGACGUGUAGGGACAUCUUGUCCAGCCAUCAUGAUUCCACAGCCCCAAGCCCAAGUUCACCAGCGCUCUGGGAGAGAGUACACGUCGCGCAGGAAGACAUUUAUGUGACAUGCGCCCAGAUGAACAACUGGCAGCUUCUUUCUGCCGCCCAGGCCAUCACGUUGUAUAUACUCGCACGGUUCAGGAAUGGCAAGGACGACAGAUUCCCACACAUGGAUAUCGCCUUGCUGUUUACGUUGAGAAAAGUUUUCAGCCACCUCAAAGCCGACUAUCUCUCCGACGGGUACCAUAACCGCAAAUGUGGUCCGCCUGCCAUUCCCACGUCGAGUUGGCGGGAUUGGAUCUUCCACGAAUCAGUCAGCAGAACAGCGACAGUAUACUUUCUCCUGACAGUGGUUGUAUCUAUGGAUUUUGGCAUCGAGUGUGAUCAAGCCGACCGCUGGAGAGUUGAAGACAUGCUAUUGCCCGGAGCCAAGGCAUCAUGGGAGGCUCGCGAUGAAGUAGCCUGGCGGAGUAGUACCUCGGUCAGCGGGAAUGUGGAUAGACUCCCAUUCACGUUAAGGCUCGGCGACCUUGCGAGUGUAGACUCGAGCAGCGGUCUGCAGGCCCAGAUAGCCGCAUGGCAAGAGGAAUUAGACGAAUUUGGCAUGGUUAUUACGCUCGCAGGUCAAAUGCUGAUGGAUUAA